AUGAGCAUGGAAUUCGACGCUGACACGGUUUCCGCGCCGCGUCUUGUUGUAAUGAAGAGGGGAGAUGGUGGUUAUGGUUUCAAUCUUCAUGGCGAACGAAAUGUCCAAGCAGGCCAAACUAUUAGUGCCGUGGACGACGGCAGCGAAGCCCAAAAGGCUGGACUUCGAGUCGGAGAUAAAGUUAUCGAAGUAAAUGGUUUAAAUGUUGAAAAGACGUCUCAUAGCGACGUUGUAAAGCGGAUAAAAACGAACCCGAACGAGGUCUCUAUGCUCGUUGUCGAUCACAUCACGCAGGCCUAUUUGAAGCAAGAAGGGAGACCGAUCACGGCCGAUAUGGCUAAUCUUAUGACUGUUUAUCAAGAUAAAGAAGUUUCAGCAGAGCCUGAAGCUCAGCCUGAGGAGCCUGAACCAACUCCAGUAGUCGAAGAAUCUGUUCCUGAAGUGCAAGAGUCUGAUGCCAGUGCUCCGACGCCCACCGAACAAGAGACAGAGCCUCCAAAGGAAGAAGCUACGACAACUGAAGCAGAGAUUGCGAAUGACGCGACAACACCUGAAGAAGUGAAACAGCUCAACGAAGUAUUAGACAAAGAGGAUGCAGACGUAGAGAUACCAGCUCCGGCACCAGCGGAACCGCAAACAAACGGAAUGGAACAUCACCAAGCACCUCCAGAACCAACUCCUACACCUACCCCAGCUCCAGCGCCGGUUGUUACUCCUACGCCAGCUCCACUACCCGCUCGACCAACAUCAAAACCGCUCCGAAGCACGAUCAAACAGCAAAAGGCUGAAUCGUGGGACGAAAAAUACAAAAAAUUCCAGCAGCUGUGA